AACCGACAAAACGACAUUCCUCAAGCGAUCAAGGGGGUUACUCGAGCGAGCCUCGGCAAAAUUGUUGCCAUGCUUUCGUGGGAUGUACGUGCCUCUAAAAGAUUUGCAUAUGAAGUAACGAUUAUGUUCAAAACGGACCAAAAAGGCUCCUUUUGACAGGAUAUGGUGCUUGAACUGAACUCCAAACAACAUGUAUGGAUAUUCUGCCCUCCAUAACGCUGUGGUUACACAGAACCUCAAAGCCGUUCGCAGCCUAACAGGAUCAACACGAACAUGCGACCUCGAGUGGCGAGACUCCAUGGGUUUCACUGCGCUUCAUCUGGCCACCUUACAGGGAAAUAGAGAUCUCGUUGAAAUUCUGGUUUUGGCAGGAUGUGACGUCAAUAGUCGCACGAAAGAAGGGAUGACUUCGCUACACAUCAGUAGUGAACAGAAAAGAGCUGACGAAAUCUUGCGCGUUUUAGCAUCGGCGUCUUGCAAUGUCAACGAGCGUAACAAACUGGGAAGAACCGCUCUCCAUCUUGCCGCUAAGCUAGGAAACCUUCAAAAUCUAAAAGUGCUACUCGACAAUGGUUGUGACAGAAAUAUUAAGGACAAACUUGGUUUCACGGCCGUCGGUUUGGCUUUUAAUUUUAACCAGAAAGCAAGUGCAGACAUUUUACUCCACUAUAAAUCCCGGCGGAAGCGACGCUCUGGAGGAGAAACGACCUCUGAGGAGAGCCUUUAUCAGGAUGGCACAACUAAAAACAGUCAAAUAUCUAACGGAGAACGUAAGGCGGAAAAACUCGUGGAAAGGACCUCUAUUUAUUCUAAAAAAACGGAUGAUACAAAGUCGUUGAAGCUCGUAGACAAGGCUGAGAAAAGAGAGGCAUCUUUGAAAACGCUGCACUUUAUCAUGGCUCUGUUAACACAGAAGAGAAACGUACUAGACGGUUUAACAAAUUGGGAUUCAAGGAAAAAGCUGAAAUCUAUCGAAAGAAAUUUACGGGAUUUAAUUUUUACUUCUCUUAUUCAGCAUUCCCUCGCAACGCGCACCUCAUUAAAACUGACUGAUGAAUCUGGAGAACAAUGUGUGUGUGAUUUUUACCUAAAGCCCGGCGAAUUCGUGGGAAGUCAAGUUCUUGCGUGUUACCCGGGUUCGAGUUUACUGGUCGAACUACUGCAGGGCGUGAAAGAUUCUUUUUCAUUUUCUCGAGAGAGAUCGUGGUUGAUACCGAAGCAACAUCAGAGCUUACCACCGCCAUCGAAAUGGAAAUUGCAAGAGAAGGAAUCUAUUUUGAAAGACUUGAAAGUCAAUGAAGAAAAGAUAUCAACAGCACCACUUAGCAAUGCGAAAACGGUCACCUCCAUAUCGGAACUCGAGAACGUGUAUGAUCAGACAACCAUGACAACUCUAUGUGAAGACCCAACUUUUAUCGAACUCUGUGAAGAAAAUCCUCCAGAGAUGGACAAUGAGGCUAUAGAGAAAGGCCUUAAUAGGCUAAACAAUCUCAUGAUUUCUAUCAAGGAUUCAGAAAACAUCAAACAGGUAUUUGAUCGCACGGACAGCGGUCUCCUUACAGACAACAUUGAAAUUUAUCUUUCGCGUUUGGAUGACGUCAUUACCAUGAAAAGUACUCCUACGUCAUUUAUUGAGGCUACUUUAGAAAUCUUCUGUCAGAAUUCAGACAUUUCUGUUUACUCCACAAAGAAACGAAAUUUACCUUUUAGCUCGCUUUUAGAGAAAGUCAUAACUGCGUGUGGCUCGUGGGACGCAGAUAAAAUAGCAAAGGUUUUUCUCCAUGUCUGCGUUGUCUUUGUGAGCGACCGGCGGUUGUUACUUAGUUGCGCAGGCGCCGUGUUAAAGCUCGGACUUUGCCAUCCACAAGCUGACGCGAUCGCCCUGGGAACUUGUAUUUUAGUGAGAACGGGUCUUCUCAAACAAGAAGAUGACGUGGAAAUUAUUACAGACCUAACGGGGCCGCUCUUAGCCCUGGAACACUUAUGCGCUGAAGAAUAUUUCCCGAGAAAUCUGGCCGCCAUCUUUGCUUCUUUUCUAUCUAAGUCAAGCCCCAAGUUGUUCGGAUUGGAUCAUCUGCGCCUUCGAGCACUGGCGUCUGCGGUAACCAAAGAGGUACUUCCCACUUCAUGUCAGGAAGCCGAAAGCGACACGGGAAAAAGUUUCAAACGGGUUUGCGACAUUCUUGCGCUCGAAGGAUACAAGGAAGAACUUUUAUCGUGUGCUGAUGCAUUGUUUACGAGAGCUUUUGUGACGCUGAGUUGUAACGCAUGGCGAAUAGGCGAAAGCAUUCUUAUUCAUCUUGGUUUAUUGAAAAGUGAACGUUUCGUUGAAAUUGUUAGGAAUCAUGGCACCGCUUUUAAACUUUUGCGUCAUGCACUGGAGGAGAGCUAUUUCCCACCAAUCCUAAAACAGUUGCUAAUGUGUUUCCUUCAAAAACCCAAUCCAGUACUUACAGCAUAUUCCACUGAAGUCGAAGAUAUUCUGCGUAUUGUACAGUAACCAUGGAAUGGUGGUACUGUAAGGUCGAGUUUAUAUCAUGUAUUAUGCAUUCUUCAAAUAAGAUUUCUUAACUUAUCUGCACAACCUUGCUUGCCCUGAGGUUCCAGUCUGUUUUGUUGUGGGUUGUUGCACCAAAUUUCAUACGAGUCCCAGCGUUCAAAUUGUAAACGGAGAAGGAAACACAAAGCGAAAUAAUAACACAAUCAGAGGAGGACUUUCGACUCUCUUUUUUCACUCUGAGUUUUUUUUGGCAGCCGGUUUACUGACCCAAAGCGUUAAAAGGCGAACACGUCCCCUCAACUGAUCUGACAACAUCUUGCAGUUUAUAUUGUUUUCAUUUAACCCUUUAACUCCCAUGAGUGACCAAGACAGAAUUUCUCCUUACACCAUCAAUACAAUACCAACCAGAUAAGUGAUGAGAAUAAAGAGAAAUAUCAAUUUGGGGAUAAUUAGUUGAUCCAAUACUAAAUUCUCUGAACUAGCAUGAUAAGAAUGGUAUGGUUGACAGUAAGGAGAAUUACAAUUUUAAUGUGGGAGUUAAAAGGGUUAAUAUUCUUUUUGAGGGAUGCACAUUUUUUUCAUGACGAGCGCUACCUACGGAUUUAGAGUAUGACAUGUUUGCUUUCCAGAUUUAUACUGUCGUUAUAAUUGUAAGAAAAAUACUUAAUUUUAUAAACAGGUCUUGUAUAGCGUGUAUUUAUACUGUUACAGCGAAGUCAAACGCAGCCUCAAUCUUACUGCAUGGUUUCAUGGUACAAACUGAAAAUAAAUUAAAAUAUUAUU